GAAUGUGUUGGCAGCGGAUGAGAAUCAAAAGAAAGCCUUAGAACGAGAAUGGAUUAAACCAAUUGAACAAAUUUUGUGGCAUUGCUUACCUAAAGCUAAACGGGGAAAUGACACCGAGUUCAUUGAGAUCAUACGAUCUGGAACUCAAGCGUUAUCCAAUAUAAUCACGGGAAACUCCUUCACACAUGAACUUAUUUGGAAUGAUCUCUUGAAUAGGAGUGGGUCUAGCGAUCUUUUAAGAGCACUCGCCGAUUGCGAUGAUGAUCUCAUGCUGUCAAACUGCCUGACCAUUGUUCACAAUUACAUAUAUGAGAACGAACUUCGAAGCAAAACAUUGAUAAAUUCAGAGCCGGGGACGCAGCUUUUGAAAAAAUUUUUGGAAAAAGCCGAGACGUUUCAUGAGGAUGAAAUUUCCGAAAACUUCAAGCUCAUAUACACUAUUGUUUUCCGAUUAAUCGAUUUCGAUCUCUUCCCAGCACUCUAUGAUUCUCUCGAUCAACCUUCAAAACGCGUACCGACGCAACAACAAAUCAUCCUACUCAAGUUUCUCGACUCCAAGUUUCAUGCAACAUCGGAUGCAUCUAAUCCUUGUUCAAUUCUCUUGUGCACUUUCCUGUCCAGACUAUUUAACGCACUCUGUCCUCAAGCCAUUUAUUUGAUGCGACAGUCAGAAUCCACCGAUAUUUCCGGAGAAGAUAAACCCCAAGAAAUCGAGGAUACGAGAUCAACAUUUACGGGGUUA